UAGUAUAUAUAAGUAUACACUCUUCUAGGAUCGGUCGUGAGGAGUUCCUUAACAUUUCUUGCGACAUGGAGUACAAAAAGAGGGUGGAUGCGCUAGUGUUUUUCUCUUUACUUCUCCUAGGAUACUUUGCUGCUCAUGCGCAUGGGAACGGUCAUGUCACGGAUGAUGUCAAUGUUUCUGCUCCAGCUGAAGAAGGAAUUUUGCGAGAAAAAAGAGCACAAUGCGCUCAAGGGUUUCUUCCAUGCAAAGAUAACAAGUGCUACUGUUGCAUUGGGGGCCGAACUCAUGAUUGCUACUAUACGAUGGCUCAGUGUAGUCAUGCAUGCUUCUAAUCAAAAAUUAAGAUCACUGUUUUUAUAUACAAUGUAAUGGUAGGCAAUGCUAUUAAUAAUACAUAAGGGAAUUUUAGUUUUGGUAUUA